UCUUUAGGGAAACAUAAACAAGGUGGAGUGAUUUUUCUGCUAGCUGCGUAAUACUGUAAAUUAUACAAAAUGCUUCUGCAUUACUUAGUUUGAGAUUACUCGGCGCAUGCAAGAUGGAAGAAGAGGAACACACAGACAGAAAGCAGCAGCUCGCCAGGCUUUAUCAAAGGUUCAGCAACAUAAAAAAGUAUUUCAAUGAAGAUGACACAGACAACAUCAACCAGGUCAUCGGCUCAAACUCGCCCGAAUCUUGCCUCUCCUACCUGACGGACCUGGAGAAGAAAAGGGAUCCCGUGCUGGACCAGAACCACCUCACCAGGCUCAUAGAUUUUUAUACCAGGGUGUUUUCCAAUAUGCCACUGGGGAAACACUGUCAUAACGAAAGCUACGCCAGGAUGUUGGUCCGAUUUGCCGAGCUGAAAGCACUUCAAGAUGUCAACGAGGCAGAGGCCAACUUCAACGUGGCGACAGCUCACAGCCAGAGCUUUGCGUUUGUCCACGUCGCGCACGCGCAGUUUGAGCACUCUCGAGGCAACACAAAAAGAGCCGUUCAGAUACUGCAGAACGCACUGGAGGUGGACGCCAAACCAAAAGAACAGCUGGUGGCUGCGCUGCAGAGCAUGCAGGCCGGGAAAACGGCGAUCUGUCUGGAGGACAAGGAGAACUUCCCAUCAUUAUCCAAUAGAACUGAGUCUGUCAAAAAAGACUCGGAAUUCCCGAAACUCGGCAGAAUGUCAGAUGGAACCGGCGACUUGCAGCUCUCCAGUCUUUUUAGCACGGAGACGGAGCCACCGUCUGGGGCUUUGGACGAUCCGUUUCCUGGCUGGAGGACGGGAUCCCAUCGGAAAAGAGGAGUUGGCUUGCCGGGGAGAGUACCUGUAGUGCCAUUUUCAAUUCCAGAAAAUGAUGACGACAUCCACAAGAAAGUCCCCAAAUCAAGCAGUAUGUCUGUUACUAGGGGUUUGUCCAGACAAACGUCUGGUUCAAACGGGACUUCGGGAUUUGGAGUGUCCUCCUCGAGGAAAAGCGUCGAAGGCCGAGACGUUGUCAGGGAUCAGAAGCCAUCAGUUCUCAGUCCGGAUCACGGCCAGUGGGAGGACCAGGCAGACUCGACCGCAACGCUCCUCCAAUCAAACGGCGCGAAAGGAUCGUCCAAAAUAGAAGAUGUGACUUUUAAUUUCGAACAAGUCGUCAACUCCAACUCUCCCGAGUCGUGUUGGACGUACCUGAUGAGCCUGGAGAAGAGAGGAAACCCUCACACAAACGUCAGCCUGCUCAACAAGCUCAAAGACUGCUACUCCAAAGUCUUCAGCAGGCUGCCGAUCAGACAGUACAGCAAAAACACCAGCUACGCCAGAAUACUGGUCAGAUAUGCAGAACUGAAGGGGAUUGAAGAUCCAGAUGAGGCUCAGGAUCACUUCAUAGUCGCGAGAUCCAACUGCAAAGGCUUUGCGUUUGUCCACAUUGCACAUGCCCAGUUUGAGGUUUCUCAAGGUAACCUGGUCAAAGCAACUUCAAUUCUGCACAAAGCUCUGGCAUUAAAUGCCAAACCGGCAGAGCUUCUGGAGACGGCCAUGCGGAACCUGACAUCGGGAGAGAAACAGCUGGUUCCCCCCAUGGAGGACGACCCGCCCAUGGCAGGAAGCGGGCCCCCCUCUGGCGGGAAGCAGAAGCUGCAGCUUCCGGCUCGGAUCCCUGUGAGCCAGUCGGUGGAACGGAAUAAACCUGCCAGCAAAGAGCCGGAUGCAGAGUGGAAAAUUCCCAGUCUGCUCACCCGGCAAGUUUCUCCUGAGGAUAAACGGACCACUCCCGACCUCAGACCCGUUCCCCGUCUGGUGGAGUCUUACCCCACUCCCUCCAUCCAGCUUCCGUCCAAACUGAACCCACAAGCCGCCUAUCAGACGCCCAACGGCUACAGGAACCCACGUCCCAGUAGCUUCAUCACUCCCGUCGUAAAGAGAGGCCCCGAGGCGGCGUCCUCUGCAGCAGCGCCUCACAGAGCCGGAGCCGCGCAGCAGGCCUGCACGCCUCUGAGCCACACAGCUGGUUUCCACACUCCACAGGUCUCCUUCAGUUCUUUUUCAAACGAAUCCAUCACAAUAAAGGGGAAGCAGUUCUUCAUCCUCAAGAUGAUUGGACGAGGCGGCUCCAGCAAGGUCUAUCAGGUCCUCGAUCACAAAAAGCAGCUGUUUGCAGUGAAAUAUGUGAACCUGGAGGAGGCUGACGCUCAAACGAUAGAAAGUUACAAAAAUGAAAUUGAGCAUCUGAACCACUUACAGCAGUACAGCGACCAAAUCAUAAAGCUUUACGACUAUGAAAUAACCAACAGCUAUAUCUACAUGCUGAUGGAGUGCGGCAACUUGGAUCUGAACACCUGGUUGCGAAACCGCAAAACCGUCAACCCGCUUGAGAGGAAGUUCUACUGGAAGAACAUGCUGGAGGCCGUCCACACCAUCCACAAGCACGGCAUCGUCCACAGCGACCUGAAGCCAGCAAAUUUUGUCAUAGUCAACGCGUCGCUGAAGCUGAUCGACUUCGGCAUCGCGAACAGAAUCCAGCCCGACGUGACGAGCAUUAUGAAAGAUUCUCAGGUUGGAACGCUGAACUAUAUGCCUCCUGAGGCCAUCAAGGAUACAUCAUCUCAGCCAGGACAGGCGCGAUCCAAGAUCAGCCCUAAAGGAGACGUUUGGUCCCUUGGAUGCAUCCUCUACUGUAUGACCUAUGGGAAGACUCCGUUCCAGAGCAUCACAAACCAAAUCGCCAAGCUGCAGGCCAUCAUCGAUCCGUCUCAUAAGAUCGAGUUUCCCGACAUCGCAGAGAAGGAUUUGCUGGAUGUUUUGAAAAGGUGCUUGGUGCGAAACCCGAGAGAGAGAAUCUCCAUUGCAGAGCUGCUGGAGCAUCAAUACCUCCAGCUGAAACCACAAUCCUCUCCUGAACCAGAGCGUCCUUCUGACAAGGACCUGAAGAGGAUUCUAACUGACCUGGCAGCCCUCCAGUCUCCAAACAGUAUCGUCCGAGCAGCUAAUAAUUUGGCUAAAAUGUGCAGCAGCGGCAGGAAGCUGGAUGUCACAGAAUGCGCAAAGUCGUCGUCCUAACAAUCAACAAUCGUGAUUCCUCCUGUCUUCAUUUAUUUCCUGUUUAUGUCAACUGAUUUAUUCAGACCCCUUUGUGACCACUAUAGAAGUAUCUUACUGUAAGUCUAAACUAGCGUACAUGUAUUUAAGUAGCAUACAUGUGUAUAUUUUUUCAUUUUAGCUAAACUAAUUGUAAGCUUAUACAGUUUAGAAAAAAUAAACACACUUUGUUCCAAUGA